AUGGAAUCCACCAUUCCUUUCUCUCUCAUCAUCCUUCUCUCUUCUCUCUCACUAGUUUUCUCACAGUACGUCUUACCGGACCACCACUUCAUCAACUGUGGAUCAAACUCUGAUAUCGAUUUCACCGGCAAGAAAUUCGUCGGAGAUUUCAACCCCUCUACUUUCAGAGUCUCCGGCGGCACCGCCGCCGAAAAAAACAACAACCCGCCGUCCAACACGCCUCUAAUCUACCAAACAGCAAGAGUUUUCACUAAGAAAUCAUGGUACGAACUCCAAGCAGACGAGAUCAAUACUUUUGUGAUGGUACGUCUCCAUUUUCUCCCAAUCUCUUCUCAAUAUUUCGAUUCGAAAUUCGAAGUUUCGGUUUCUGGGUUCAAUCUGUUAUCUGAUUUUAUCGUCGGAAACGAGACUGUAAAAAUUGAAGAGUUCAUAAUCCCGAUUCGAUCGGAACGAAUAUUCAGAAUCGAGUUCACACCGUCCGCUGGUUCAUCUUCUGCAUUUGUAAACGCUAUUGAAGCUUUCACCACACCAUCGGACUUGUUCACCGACGGCGUCGUCCCUUUACCUCGUAUUUCACCCGCCGGAAAAAAAGGCGAUAUCGAGGACAUAACGUCGUCUUAUGCUUUCAACCCAAUUCAUCGAAUUAACGUUGGAGGAGAUAUGAUGGACGAAACGAAUGACACGUUACGAAGAAAAUGGGUACCUGAUGAUUUGUUCAUCUACAAGAACGAAACUGCAAUAACAAGCACUCCUUACGGCCAAAUUACUUACCGACCCGGCGGAGCAACCUCCACCAGUGCUCCUGAAGAUGUUUAUAGAACAGCCAAACAAUCGAACGGCAAUUUGGUCAAUAUAACAUGGACUUUCGGAGUUAAUCGAAGUGCCAUGUAUCUGGUUCGAGCUCAUUUCUGCGACAUUGUAAGCAGGGGUGCGGUGAAUUCUAACGACGGUUUCAAUUUCUUCGUCUACAAUGAGCACAAAGAGCCGAUUUUUCCCUCUAAACGAUUGGCAUGGUUGGCAGCUCCGUUUUAUGUCGACAUGGUGGUGGAUUCCGGCGAUUCACCAUUUGUGAAUAUCAGUAUCGGUGCGAUUCGUGGAAGUAACCAGAUGCCGUUCUUGAACGGGGUCGAGAUCAUGGAAUUGUUGAAGGAUUCCGGUUUUGUUGAAAGGUCCAACAACAACAACAAGAAGAAUCGCACGACUUUGUUCAUCGUGGUUGGAUGUGUUAUCGGAGGUGUGGCUAUCGGGUUGAUUUUGUUUGUUGGUUUCUUCAUCGGUUCGAAGUACGGGAAAGUGAAACCGGUGGUCGGGGCGAAAUCGGAGUCGAAUGCGGUGCCAUCGUAUGGUGCGAGUUCGUAUACGAGCAACAUUAUCGACUUUACCAUCAACCAUCCGUCACCAAUUCCUAAUUUGAGACUAAACCUACGAAUCCCGUUUGUCGAUAUAUUGCAUGCCACGAAUAAUUUCGCCGAGAAUUUGAUGAUCGGCAAAGGAGGUUUCGGGACGGUCUAUAAAGGAACUCUUCUGAAUGGUGAAGUAGUUGCUGUGAAAAGAGGUCAAACGGGACAUGGACAGGGUCGACCGGAGUUUGUGACGGAGAUCACGGUGUUCGCAAGGAUACGACACCGGCAUCUGGUUUCCUUGAUCGGGUAUUGUGAUGAGAAGUCCGAGAUGAUUCUCGUGUACGAGUUUAUGGAGAAGGGUACUCUUCAAGAUCAUUUGUAUAACGCUAAUGAAAAUCAGCCGAAGCUCUCAUGGAAUAAAAGACUCGAGAUCUGUAUCGGUGCUGCUCAGGGUUUGCAUUACCUUCACACAGGUUUGGAAGGCGGGAUAAUUCAUCGCGAUGUCAAAUCGACAAACAUCUUGCUUAACAAACAAUACGUCGCGAAAGUUGCUGAUUUUGGGAUAUCCCGAUUAGGUAACGAGGAUCAGAGUGAGAUGUCGGGUAUCAAAGGCAGUUUCGGGUAUCUGGAUCCUGAAUACUUUAAAUGCGGGACUCUAACUCAGAAAUCCGAUGUUUACUCUUUCGGCAUUGUUCUACUCGAAGUACUUUGUGCACGUGCGGCUCUCGAUCACAAGCUUCCCGAAAAGGAAAUAAAUUUGGCUGAAUGGGCGAUUAAGCAGAUAAAUGAUGGAAAUGUCGAGGAUAUAAUCGACCCAUAUCUUGCGGGUAAGAUAAAUAUAAAUUCGUUAAGGAAAUUCAUGUCAACAGUCGGGCGAUGUUUAAUGGAUACGGGAGACGAGAGGCCGAAUAUGGUCGAUGUCUUAUGGGACUUGGAAUACGUUUUGAAACUUCAUCAAGUGGCGACGGACAAAGAGCCAUACGAAGAUAGUACGAUCAACACUUCAAUGCAAUUGCCGAUGUCGGUGAUACAUCGGUUGCCUUCUCAACUUAACGAUGAUUCCAAUGUGAACGAUAACUCAGCGUUGAGCUAUCCGAGUGAAAGCCAGGUAUUUUCGCAAUUGAACAUCGACGGGGCUCGAUAGUACAUGGUAGUCGUGGCGCAUCCCGAAAGUGUCCAGGCCCAUUCUCGUUGUAUAAGUUAUUUUGCUCGAGGUCUUACAUAUACAUAGGUAUUAUCGAAGAUGGACGUAAAAGGAUAAAAGUUUGUUGUCUCAAAAUCUUACGUCUUACUGAUAAAAUUAAGACACAUCAGACUUUUAUAUCU